AUGGCCAGCGGAUUGCGGAUUCUCGUCCCCGUCAAGCGGGUGAUCGACUAUGCUAUCAAACCCCGAAUCAAUAAGACACAAACCGGCGUUGAAACCGCCGGCGUCAAGCACUCGCUCAAUCCCUUCGAUGAACUCUCCGUCGAAGAAGCCGUCCGCCUCCGUGAGCGCAAGGGUCCCCUGAAGGUCGAAAACAUCCUUGCCCUCUCUGCCGGUGGCCCGAAAUGCGCCGACACCCUCCGCACAGCGAUGGCCAUGGGCGCCGACCGCGCGUUCCACAUCGACGUCCCCGACAGCAACGACGGCGGCCUGGAACCCUUGACUGUCGCCAAGACACUGCGCGCUGUUGUCGAGAAGGAGAACAUCAACUUGGUGCUGCUCGGAAAGCAGGCCAUUGACGGAGACCAGGGACAGACGGGUCAGAUGCUUGCAGGACUUCUGGGCUGGCCGCAGGCGACGCAGGCGAGCAAGGUGGAGAUCAAGGACGAGGCGGGGACUGUUGAGGUAACGCACGAGGUUGACGGUGGUGUUGAGACGCUCAAGGCGAAGCUGCCGAUGAUUAUCACGACUGAUCUGCGACUGAACGAGCCGCGGUACGCGAGUCUGCCGAACAUCAUGAAGGCGAAGAAGAAGCCUCUGGAGAAAAAGACGCUGGCGGAUCUUGGUGUAGAGGACAAGAGGCGGUUGAAGACUUUGAAGGUUACGGAGCCUCCUGCUCGCCAGGGUGGCGGCAAGGUCGAGGAUGUCGACGGCUUGAUCUCCAAGCUGAAGGAGCUUGGUGCUCUGUGA